AUGGCUGCUACAGGAUCCAGCUUCACCUUUUCUUCCCCGGCAAAUACCGAUGUCUGGAAGAAGCCCCCUUCUCACGACGUCUUCACUGCCCCCUACCACUCCCUCGCCAAAAACCCCUUUUCCCAAUUCCAAUCCGCCUCCCUCACCUUCACCACAACCUACACCCACCAAUUCGACCAAGCCGGCCUCCUCCUCCUCCUCACCAAACCUUCCUCACCCUCCACCCCGCGCAAAUGGAUUAAAACCGGCGUCGAGCUCUUCGACGGCCAAUCCCGCCUCUCCACUGUCUGCUGCGACAACUGGGCCGACUGGAGCGUCGCCAACGCCUCCUCCGCCGAGGACAUCAAGGCCGGCCGCAAAGCAGUCACCAUCCUGGUCGAGAGGCUGGAUGCUCAUGACGGUUCGUGCCUCUGGGUGUAUCGCGUGGAUGGCGAGACUAAAGUGCCGAUGAGGGAGAUUUGCUGGCCGUAUGGGGAGGAUGGUGGCAAGGGCUGGGAGUUGGAGAUUGGUGCUUUGGUGGCGAGACCGACGAAGGAUACUGAGGAUGAGCUGGAGGUGAAGUUUCAGGACUUUGAGGUCAAGUGGGAUACAGCCUAA